AUGGAAGUUGAAAGUGAGAGCACAGCAGGACCAAAUUGGCUUGAUCUUCCUAGAGAUUUGACAUCAAAUAUCCUUCAGAGGCUUGGUGCAUUUGAAAUUUUAACAAGUGCAUGCGGAGUGUGCCCUCUUUGGUGGAACAUUUGCAAGGAUCCUAUCUGCAUGUGCGAUUAUAGUUCAUACUAUAAUAAUUUUUUCUUUUGGAAGGUGUCCAAUAAUGAUUAUGAUAAAGAGGAAAUGGUGAAGAUUUGUUGCAAUGCUAUUGAACGAAGCUGCAAUCAUUUGGAAGACAUUGAUAUUGAGGGAUUCGGCAAUGAUGAUAUUCUUAAUUGCAUAGCUAAUAAUGGCAGUCACCUACGUUCCAUGCGGUUUGUAGAUUGCUAUGAAAUUUCAGAAGAAGGAUUUAGUGAAGCUGUGAGGAAGCUUCCGCUGUUAGAGAAGCUUGUCAUUUCAGAUAACAGGCUAACUGAGGUAUCUAUUGCAGUCCUUGGCCGAUCUUGCCCUCUUUUGAAAUCACUUAAAAUUAGUAGAUUGGGGGUUUAUGCCGCCAAGCCUUCUGAUGAUUUGGCCUUAGUUAUUGCUGAUACGAUGACUAAUCUAUGCUAUCUUGAUAUCAAGGGAGACAACCUCACUAAUGAUGGUUUGCUCGCCAUUCUUGAUAAAUGCCCUUUUCUUGAAUCUCUUGACCUUCAAGGAUGUCGUUAUCUAGAAUUAAGUAAAAGUUUGGAGAAAAGGUGCAUUGAUCCGAUCAAUCAUUUGCGACUGCCAAAUUUUUAUGUCUUUGAUGACUAUGAUUACUCCCCUUGUGAAUAUGACUUUGGCGGAGACUAUGAUUCUUGGUACUACUGA